GGCAUACAGCCUCAGUUCUUCCGGUGCGCGUGAGGAAGGGAUUAAACGUCUGUCUCUCUGCUCUUUCCGUGAAAGAACGGUAGCCUCGUCGCGUUUACCGGCGUUUAGAACCGGAACGGCGUCCUGACGAAUCGUUCCUUAAUCCAUCGAGCUGUUUAUGAGAGUUAGGGAUGAACUGAGAAUGAAUGUCAACCAGCAACCUCACAUGGCCUCUCCUUAUGGGCAGCCUCAGCCUGGGUAUCAGGGCUACCCUCAGCCUGGCUAUGGGGGUGGCCACGUGCCAUCGGGAUAUCCAGCUCAGUACGCACCUUAUAACGGGCCGGGUUCUGCUUACCAACAAGGUCCACCGCAAGGAUAUUCUCCUUAUGCAAGCUUUCCCACUAAGACUCUUGCAACAAACUUAGUCUCUGACCUGUCCUCCUCCUCUCCUCUUGACCUAGGUAUGAGAGGACCCCCCACUUCAGGGGCACCACCUGUCUCAGGUGCCCAGAACUAUUCUCAGUUUGGGCAAGGAGAAACUCAAAAUGGACCACCUCCAAUGGGUGCUCCGCCACAGAGGCUUCCAGUGUCUCAACCUUACACUCCAGCUGUGGUGAAUCUCUCUGGUCCUCAGCCCCCGUACGACCAGCAGUUUGGAGCUCCACCUGUCAGCAUGCAGCAGAUGACCAAUCAGAUGGCCAGCAUGCAGGUUGGCUCCACUGCACCAUCCCCUGCAGGCCCAGGCUAUGCCCCUCCCUCUGUAUCCCAGGCUCCUAUCUCCUCUGCCUACACACCUGCUGCUCCUCCCACUUUCUCACUCGCCUCCACUGCUCCCACACAGCCUCCGCCUACUGAAGCUAUGGCUCAGGCUCCCCCUAGGUCCUACUACGGAGCUCCACCUCCUGCCCAGCAGCCUUUCCCAAAUGCUGCCCAGCCUUUCUCCUCCACUGGCCCAACUCAACCCCAAGCCCCACCACCUGUUUCUCAACAAUCCUUCUCUCAAGUUCCACCUGUCUCUCAGCCUCCGUUUUCCACAGCCCUGCCUCCAGGUCCAACCCAGUCAUAUGGAGGCCCACUUCCUCCAACACAGCCCUCUUUCCCAAGACCUCCGCUUCCCACCUCCCAACUCUCCAAUUUCCCUGGAGGGCCACCACCCACCUCAACUCCAUCUCAGCUCCCAGGAGGCAUGCAACCCCAACCACCAGUUUCCCAACCCUCACCUUACCACUCAGGCCCACCUCCAAACACUACUGGGUUUCCACCACAAGUUGGUGCUCCACCAAGGCCUCCCCUUGCUGGAAUGCAAGGUCCUCCUCCAAUGGCAUCACAGGGCCCUCCAAUGGCACAGGCUAAUCAUGUACCCCCUUCACAACCUGGCAUGCCACCUAGUCCUAUCAAUGCUGCCCUGUCAGGGCCACCACCACAGCCUGGAAUGCAGGGAUAUCCCCCUCAGCAAAAUGGUGCUUUCGGGCAGGUCAGAGGUCCUCAGCCUGGCUAUGCAGGACCGUAUUCUGGGCAGCCAAAUUAUGGAGCGCCACCCGCUGCACCUGCCCCAGCACCAGCCGCCCCAAAGAGGCUUGAUCCUGAUUCUAUUCCAAGCCCGCAAGCCUCUGACAUGCCGCCUGUGCAGAAAACAAGACAUAGAAUAGACCCAGAUGCAAUCCCCAGUCCAAUUCAGGUUAUCGAAGAUGAUAAAGCAAACAAGGGAAGUGAACCUUUUACUACAGGGGUCAGAGGUCAAGCCCCACCUCUUGUCACCACUAAAUUCCAAGCUAGAGAUCAAGGGAAUGCGAGUCCACGUUACAUCCGUUGUACAGCCUACAACAUGCCCUGCAAUGCCGACAUGGCAAAACAGUCCCAGGUGCCCCUCGCUGCUGUCAUUAAACCCCUGGCUACUCUGCCUCCAGAUGAGUCACCACCAUAUCUCGUGGAUCAUGGGGAAACAGGUCCCAUUCGCUGUAAUCGCUGUAAGGCCUACAUGUGCCCGUACAUGCAGUUUAUUGAAGGUGGUCGUCGUUUCCAGUGUGGCUUCUGCAGCUGUGUCACCGAGGUGCCUCCCCAUUACUUCCAGCAUCUGGAUCACACAGGGAAGAGGGUGGACUGCUACGACCGACCGGAGCUCUCAAUGGGCAGUUAUGAGUUUGUGGCUACUGUGGACUACUGUAAGAACAACAAGAUUCCUCAACCGCCAGCCUUCAUCUUCCUGAUUGACGUGUCCUAUAAUGCUGUGAAGAAUGGCAUGGUAGGAAUCGUAUGCCAGGAGCUGAAGACACUGUUGGAUUACUUGCCUAGACAGAAUCCUGAUGUGGAAUCAAACAUUCGAGUUGGCUUUGUCACCUACAAUAAAGUGCUUCAUUUCUAUAACGUGAAGGCCUCCCUUGCCCAGCCACAGAUGAUGGUUGUGUCAGAUGUGGCUGACAUGUUUGUGCCCCUACUGGACGGAUUUCUGGUCAAUGUCUCGGAGUCCCGGAUGGUUAUUGAGAGUUUGUUGGAUCAGAUUCCUGAGAUGUUUGCUGACACACGGGAAACUGAGACUGUGUUUGGGCCUGUUAUUCAGGCCGGACUGGAAGCGCUCAAGGCUGCAGACUGUGCUGGAAAGCUCUUUGUUUUCCACUCGUCUCUUCCGAUUGCUGAGGCUCCAGGCAAACUGAAGAACAGGGAGGAUAAGAAACUAGUGGGCACUGAUAAAGAGAAGUCAUUAUUCCAGCCACAAGUUAGUUUUUACAACACCUUAGCCAAGGAUUGUGUGGUGCAGGGUUGCUGUGUGGACCUUUUCAUCUUUCCCAACCAGUAUGUUGAUGUAGCAACGUUAGGGGUGGUCCCCACUUCAACAGGCGGAUCCAUCUACAAAUACACCUACUUCCAGGCUUCGACUGACCAGGAGCGUUUCCUCAAUGACCUGCGGAGAGAUGUGCAGAAGCAGGUGGGAUUUGAUGCAGUGAUGAGGGUCCGCACCAGCACAGGUAUCCGGGCAACCGACUUCUUUGGUUCCUUCUACAUGAGCAACACCACAGAUGUAGAACUGGCAGGACUAGACUGUGACAAGACGGUUACCGUGGAGUUCAGACAUGACGACAAGCUCAGCGAGGAAACUGGAGCUUUAAUGCAGUGUGCUGUUUUGUACACCAGCUGCAAUGGUCAGCGACGGCUCCGGAUCCAUAACAUGGCAGUGAACUGCUGCUCUCAGCUGGCAGACCUGUACAGGAACUGCGAGACUGACACCAUCAUCAACUUUUUCGUCAAAUAUGCAUAUCGGAGUAUACUCAGCAGUCCUACCAAGAAUGUACGUGAUAGCCUGGUGAAUCAGUGUGCACAGAUCUUAGCCUGUUACCGCAAGAAUUGUGCCAGUCCAUCUUCAGCAGGACAGUUGAUUUUACCAGAAUGCAUGAAGCUGCUGCCCGUGUAUCUGAACUGUGUGUUGAAGAGUGACGUUCUGCAGCCCGGGGCGGACGUCUCUCUGGAUGACCGGGCCUACCUGAGACAGCUGGUCAGCGCUAUGGAUGUGGCCGAAAGCCAUGUGUUCUUCUAUCCUCGGCUCCUUCCGCUGCAACAGCUGGAUGUUGAGAGCAUGUCUCUGCCUGUGGCAGUGAGAGACUCGGAGGAGAGACUGUCUAGGGGAGGAGUGUACCUCUUAGAAAACGGAUUGAAUAUUUUCCUUUGGGUGGGGGUCAAUGCCCAGCAGGAGCUGCUUCAGAACAUCUUUGGCACAACUGCCUUCAGCCAGAUAGACCCCGGCAUGACAUCUCUUCCGGCUUUGGAUAAUCCUUUUUCAAAGAGACUGAGGGAGAUUAUUGAGUCUGUCAGGGCACAGCGCUCACGAUACAUGAAGCUCAUGGUGGUGAAACAGGAAGACAAGCUGGAGCUGAUUUUCAAGCACUUCCUGGUGGAGGAUAAGAGCAACAAUGGUGGGGCCUCUUAUGUGGACUUCCUGUGUCACAUGCACAAGGAGAUUCGUCAGCUCCUGAGCUAGGAGCAUCGGGUCCACCCUCCUCCUCCUCCUCCCUUGGCUCUGUACUCAGAAGCGCUUUAACUUUUUAUUUAACAUAAUAAACACAAAUCCCUUUGCCCAUCAUCUUCUCUUCCUCAAGUAUAAUCUCAUCCACCCAGACUCUUGAGGAAGAUGCCACCUUUUAAAGGAAAUGUUGCUUCGUCAGAUUACGGUGUUCUUUUGGUUUUAGUGGUGGGAGUUUUGACCCGACCUUCUCCUCCUCUUUUGAUGGCAGGCUCGUGAGACUGUGUGAUAGGGAAGAAGAUGUGCUGUUGUUACCGCUCUACAGCUGAUCUGGGAUCAGGAUACGUAGCCUGAAUUAGAGCUUAACCCACUUUGUGACACGAACAGCUACCCAGUUUUAGAGUGUGCUUGACUGUGAACUUCGAUGCUGAUUGUACUGGGUGUUUUGACUGUGAGAAACACUAGCACUGAUUGAUGGCCUCUAGGUACAGAGGGACAGAAAAAUAACCGAAUUAGAAAUUAAUCUAGACCUAUUCGGAAUACAGUGAAAUGAAAUCCUUCAUCUUAUUCCAAUAUGAAUCAAAGAUGUUUUAGAACAAGUUAGAUUCAUGUCUACCCAACUAUUUGUUUUGUUUUUUUUCUGCUUAAGUUCUGUUUCCCUUUGAUUUAUCGCUCUCAAUCUUGGCCUUACUGAUCGUGUCUCUCCUUUUUCAUCCGUUGUUCUGUUUAUCUUGUCUAAUUUCUGUAAUUUUCACCUUUUUAAUGUUUGCGAAAAACCUAACAGACUCUGUGGGAGUGUGAAGUGUGCUGUUAAUCAUUCAAAAUGUCUUUUACUCAGAACUUAUUUGAAAUAAAAGUCUAUGCAUUAACUUAUCUUUGAAAGAGAGGGAAAGCUGUUCAAGAUCCCGACGAAUAUUAUCUGUCUUGCCAUCACCCUCAUCCUCACCGUAAGAUGCAGAUACGUCUAAAACGUAUGAGUUAGUGUUGGUUCUGCGUCCUGAUGAGGAAUAUGGAUCCUCACGGAUGCCCGGACAGGGAGUUGAAUUUCAGAUGAGCCUCUCGUGAGGAUGUGAGUUGUCGAGUCCCUUCAGAUGGUUCAGUAAUUGGGCAUACAUUACAGAAGCAUUCUGGCAUUCAUUUGAGUUCCCUUUUAAAUUCCUCUUUUUUUUUUCUUUACUGUAUGGUCUGUUAGUAACCUGUAUAUUACAUGUGCUUGAUCAUCAUGUAUCAGUUAUGAUUUAAUAUUAUGUUCUAAAUCUGUGUGAAGGCUUAUGGUUUUGUGCAGGUGGGGUCUAUCUGCUCUAGGAUAUUACUCUUUGUGCAGUGGAGGCCUGUGCUGCUGAGAGUGGAGUGUGGGACUCAUUAGAAACUGACCAUUUCUAACCGCUUUUCCAAGGGAGUGACGUCAAGCACAUGUGGAAUUGUGACCUUAAAAGCAAUCAACACUGAAUACCUUGUCAUCACAUUUAUUACAUGUACAGAAUUAAAAAUCACAUUUUAAAAAUGA